CCGAACCUCACUGAAAAAAAAAAAACCUCACACUCCAUUCUCGCUUCUUCUCAUCGUUAACGCGCCGCCGCCGUGGAGAAGAAGAGAGAAGACAUAAUGGAGGAUAUCGAGGAUCUGUUGGCCGGAGGAGUUGGUGGUGCUACGCCGGGAUUCAGAUUACCGUUAAAUUCCGUCGGAGUUAAUCCGAAGAGGAAUACGAGCAAACGUAGUCUCCCGAAGCAGAAGGAUGAAGUCGCUGAUUCGAAUCGCGAUUCGCUCGCUCCACCAUCUAUGAAGAUCCCUGGAACUCAGACGAUUUAUAUCAAGACGUUUGGAUGUUCACAUAAUCAGAGUGAUAGUGAGUAUAUGGCUGGACAGCUUACUGCAUUUGGCUAUGGGUUAACGGAAGUCCCAGAGGAUGCUGAUUUGUGGCUCAUUAACACCUGUACUGUGAAGUCUCCGAGCCAGUCUGCGAUGUCUACUCUGAUAACGAGGGGUAGAAGUGGGAAAAAGCCUCUUGUGAUAGCUGGAUGUGUUCCUCAGGGAAGUCGGGACCUUAAAGAACUGGAAGGCGUUAGUGUAGUUGGUGUGCAACAAAUUGAUCGUGUUGUUGAGAUUGUUGAAGAGACUCUUAAGGGUCAUGAAGUGAGGCUGCUGAAUCGGAAGACUUUACCUGCGCUUGAUCUCCCAAAGGUGCGGAGGAACAAUUUUAUCGAGAUCCUCCCCAUCAACGUUGGCUGUUUGGGUGCCUGUACCUACUGCAAGACCAAGCAUGCCCGUGGUCACUUAGGAAGCUACACAGUCGAAAGUCUUGUAGAGCGUGUGAGAACUGUAAUAUCUGAAGGAGUCAAGGAAAUUUGGUUGAGCAGCGAGGACACUGGAGCAUAUGGUCGUGACAUAGGAGUUAAUCUUCCAAUUCUACUUAAUGCCAUCGUUAAGGAGCUUCCUUCUGAUCAAAGCACAAUGCUAAGGAUUGGGAUGACUAAUCCUCCCUUUAUCCUUGAGCAUUUGAAAGAAAUAGCAGCCGUUUUACGUCACCCAUGUGUCUACACAUUUCUGCAUGUCCCUGUUCAAUCUGGCAGUGAUGCUGUGUUGACGGCCAUGAACAGGGAAUAUACAUCGGGUGAGUUCAGGACCGUGGUAGACACCUUAACAGAACUUGUGCCAGGGAUGCAAAUUGCUACCGACAUAAUAUGCGGGUUUCCUGGUGAAACCGAUGAAGAUUUUUCUCAAACUGUUGGGCUAAUCAAGGAUUACAAGUUUGCUCAAGUUCAUAUAUCUCAGUUUUACCCCAGACCAGGGACCCCAGCGGCAAAGAUGAAGAAGGUACAAAGUAAGAUAGUGAAGCAAAGAAGCCGUGAGCUCACUUGUGUCUUUGAGGCUUUUGCACCAUACACGGGAAUGGAGGGCAAAGAAGAGAGAAUAUGGAUAACCGAAAUAGCUACCGAUGGAGUCCAUUUGGUUGGGCAUACCAAAGGAUAUAUACAGGUCUUAGUUAGUGGACCAGAAAGUAUGCUUGGGACUUCAGCUAUAGCGAGGAUAACAUCUGUAGGGAGAUGGUCAGUGUUUGGGGAAGUGAUUGAGACACUAACCUCUACAAAUAUAAAAACACAAAUCCGAGAGGAGACAAAGCCGCCAUGUACCUCUGAUGUCAGUACUUGUGAGACUUGUAAUUGCUCUGCUGAGAGCUGUGGAGAAGGGAAAUCGGGAGAGGCCUGUAACGUGUCUGGAGAUAUAACAAGACAGGAUGAGAAGACACAAGGAAAGUCAAAGACAAAAGAGGAAGAGAAGCAAGGAGUGGUUUCACAUUGGGGUUUUGUUGACAAGGCACUUGUGUGUGGAGUUUUCAUAAGCUCUCUCACAAUUCUUGUUUUGAUGAUUAGCAUCGCAUCUAAAGUUUUGCUGCGUCAUCAAUGAAUCAAUGAGAUUCAUGGUGGUGGAAGAACCUUUAUCUAGUUUUUGACCUUUUUUUGUUUGCUUUGACUAUAUCCCCGUUAUAUGCAUCUUUACUUUUCAAUGAAUCUUUAUUUCUGAUUUUCUAACUUCAGAGUCACUUAAGAAUGCUUGUUCCACAAUAAUUUAUAUAGUCCAUGAUUUAUAGCA